AAAUUGUCGAGAACGUUUUUUUUUCGAUUUUUUUUUAUGCGGUGUUUCGAACAAUUGAAACUAAUUAGUUGGUUUUAUUGCUUCCCAUUACUAUUUUAACGGCAGAAAAAGUUAUGUCGGGUUCAUUAGACACUUUAGUUGGCCGUGUUGUAUCAGUUCUUACGAAUGAUGGUCGCCUAAUCGUGGGUAUGCUUAAGGGAUAUGACCAAACAAUAAAUAUUAUUUUGGAGGACAGCCAUGAACGUGUAUUCAGUGCUACUAGUGGUGUAGAGCAAGUGGCACUUGGAUUAUAUAUUGUAAGAGGAGACAACGUCGCUGUGAUUGGUGAGAUAGAUGAGGAGCAUGACAAAUCCAUUGAUUUGAGCAAAAUAUGUGCCGAUCCACUGAAUCCUAUAUCGCAUUGA